AAAUAACGGUUUUGGACUAAUCACUGGAGCAAGGCACUCUUCAACAGUCGAGAUCUGUUCUGACCACGUUCUUGUGAAUGCUGGAGGGAAAAGCAAGAACUCCGAAAAAUGGUUUUAUCUUUCCCUCCUCUGAUAACGGCAUGGACUAUAACCACCAAUACAGCAUUAUAUGUCAUGUUGUGCGAAAGAUUAUUGCACCUUCCGAAGUAUCGGCUAAUUGUUACCGAAUCAGUCUGCAUAAGGUGAUUGACAAACGCAGUGUCUUUUGGUUUGUGGCCUAAUACGUGUGUCGCUCUUCCUUCGCCGCCAUUAAAAUGCCAAAAACUCCAGAAACGAAGUUUGUAAACUCACUUUUUCUGACCAACCUGAUCCAGUCACAGUUCGGAGAAUCGGAGAUCAAAAUCAAGGCGUACGAUGUCGAGCCAGCGACUGCCGAAAUCAACGACCCGUACGCGAGAUCAUCCAUGAAUCGGAUUCUGGUGAAGUAUGUAUCCAGAGAGAAUCCUGUCGAAAAUGCGAUAACAUUUGUUGCAAAGAUCAAGCCCGUCGAAGGACAACUUGCUGAAGAAUUUAAGAAAAGCGAUGUGUUUGAUAAGGAAAUCUUCGCCUACAAAAAUGUUCUACCCAAGCUGGUGACCGUCAUUUCCAAACUUGGUGGGGCUGUUGAGUUGGCUCCACAAUUAAUCUACUCGUCUGAUGUCCCUUCAAAUUUGAUGGUGUUGGAGGACUUGACCGUACGAGGCUAUAGCGUUGAGAAUCAACAGCUGGGAUUAAAUUUGGAGCAAUCUAAGAUGGCCAUUGAAAAAUUAGCCUUUUUCCAUGCUGCAAGCGCUGUUUUGAUUGAUGAGAACCCUGAGGACUAUACCAAGUUUGCGAAAGGAACUUUCCAUGCUGAUUAUAAAGACAAGCUGAAGUAUUUCAGUGAUGCCCUGACGGCUGUGGUGGAUAAUGCUUCGGAACUCGGCAUAGACAGCAAUGUUGCAACAAAGCUUAAGACACUUCCGAUUAAGACCAUACAGAAGGCAAUUGAUUCAUACGGUAGUGAUUUCUAUGGGCUGAAAGUGCUGAAUCAUGGAGACUUUUGGACAAAUAACAUCAUGUACAAGUACAAAAACAAUGAACUGGUCGAUGCCAUUUUUGUAGAUUAUCAGAACUGUGUGAUUGGUUCACCAAUCAUUGAUUUGACCUAUUUCCUCACAUCUUCACCUGCUUACGAUGUGCUAGAAGAAUCGAAGGAUGCGCUGAUUUAUACUUAUUAUGAAACACUGUCGCUGCUGUUGCAGCGCCUGAACUACAAAAAACCAGUUCCGACGCUAGUUGACCUACAGGUUGAAUUGUAUAAGCAUGGCGCCCUUGAGGUAAUCUUUUCACUAACAACGGCUCCAUUUUUACGUACCAAGCACGCGCAAAAUACCCCGGCUGUUCAACCAUCUUUGUAUAAAGAUGAUAAAAAGGUGGACAUUAAGCCAAUUCUAAAGGAACAUGCCAGUGCCAUCGUAAAACAGCUCAAGGACUACGAGCUGCGUGGCUUGCUCGAUUGGGGUGCAGCCGAGAGCAAGAUCAAGAGCCUGAUGGGACGUUUCCAACGCUAGAUUGUUAAGCUUUUGGAUACGUUGAGCUCAAUUCGGUACGGGUGUUGUCACAAUAAAGCUUUUCAGUUGUUCAUGCGUAAA